AUGUCUGCCGCCACAGCUUCUGCAGAGACGUUUGCGUCUGGUCGCUACUCAAAGCGCAAGAGGACGCAAGUAUCAUACCAUCUUGACGACCUCGAGUACUCAGACACCGAGUCUGAUUUUGAGAGCCCUCAAGCAAAGAAGCCCAAAGCUCGAACAACCAAAGCACUUCCAAAGCGCAAGAUCUUCCCCUUCUUGGACCUUCCUGCAGAGAUCCGCAACACAAUAUAUAACUAUGCGCUCUAUGAUCCAUCCGGCAUCAACUUUGUCGGUACCUACCAGAAAAAGCGCCGCGUCGCCGCCCGCGUGUCAGCAGAAUACGCAUCAAACGCCAGUGGCAGAUACUACAGCCCAACCUCCAAACGCGUAGUCGAAGACGUUCUCGAUGCCGAUGGAGACCACACCUCUCUUGUCCCAUCACUACUCGCCGUCAACAAGCAAAUCUACAGCGAGGGCAUUGACAUUUUGUAUGGCAACCAACUCACCUUCAUCGACAGCUUCGCACUCUAUAGCUUCCUCAUCAACCUUGGGCCUACGCGUGCCCAGCGCCUCAAGAAGCUCCGGAUUCUGGGCUGGCUCCAUAGCCGCGGAUUGAAAGUCUACAACAACGCGUGCUUUGCCGCCCUCGCCUGGGCCACCAAUCUCACCUCGUUGGUCGUCCAUGUGCGCAUCAACAAAUACUGCUCCCCGCGCCGCGGAGCAGACCAAUUUUACCGCGAUGCGUUUCCCUGGCUGGAAGCUGUUGGCGCGGCAAAAGGCAAGCGCGAUGCAGCUCUCGAUGUUGUGAUGUUGGAUGACGCGUACCUGUCGGAUCCCUGCGACUCGGACGAGUCGGUGCCUUCGCCUGAGGAAAGGGUGGAGCAGUUCAAGGCUGAACUUGCAAAGUACUUGGAUGCGCAUCGGGAUGGGAUUCUGGCAAAGCCAAAGAACAAGAUGGCGAAGAAGGUGAAAUCUUGAGCGUAUUUUGUUUGGAAGCGGGAUAAUGGAUUUGGAGUUUGCAAGGGCAAGGAAUCAUCUUGAUAUUUCGAAUUCUGGGAGCGACGGGGUUUGCAUUAUGAUGGCACUGGCGUUUGGCAUACGGCAUUACCUUUCUCUCAAUAUUUCCAUUCUACGAGCAGGGAACAGGGAGCAUCUAUCUCAUUUCACAUUUCAAUAUAAUAAGGACCAGGCCAAGAACAAACAAAUCAUUUUCCUCUG